AUGGUUAUAGUGGAGGGGGAUAAUAUAAUAGAAUAAGUGUUAAGUUUUGGUGAAUGGUGUGAGUUGGAUGUAAAAAUUUUAUUGUAAGAAUCUAAUAACUCAUAGUGGUAAAUGGUAAAUACAACAAUUGUAAAUAAAGUUGGAUGUUGGAAUUUAUUUAACCUUGAGUAUGGUACAAAUUUUAAGAUAUAAAAAUCUUAUAUUAAAUUGUGGCAGCGUGGAAAAUAUGAAAAUAAUGGUGAUUUAGAUUGGCAUUUUUUGGAAGGAGAUAGAUUUCUAAUUUUGGAUCUGACUUAUUUGAAGGCUAAUAUAAGAUAAUAAAAGAAAGUUGGUAAUUGGGAGAGAAGAAUUGGAGGAGUAUGGUCUGGUGAAUAAACAAAAAUGUACAAUACUUUAUAAAAAGGUUCAUAACGGCGGUGGAUCAUAUGAUUAACAAGAAAAAGGUGUAGGAGUUAAAAUUGGUUUGUGGAAUGAGUUGGAUGACGAGUUUUGUUGUGGAUUAUUAAGAAUAAAAAGCUGUAUAAUUUUACAAAAUUAUUAUAUACUUCAAUUAAAAAUCUUUUGUAUUGUAGAUGUUAUUUGGACUAUUUAAUAAAUCUUG